AUGACAUUAUGUGUUUCAGCUAAGAAUGCGCUGGGAAAAGACGAAUCGAAAAAUUCUAUUAAAUUACCCAAAGGUUGGUGUUUCUCGUUUUAAAAUGUGAACUGUAUUAUACAUUAUGUAUAGAUAACUCGUAAAAACAAUGAAAGUUUUGGAUAUUAUUAAUUGCUGGUCGCAAUGAUACAAAAAUGUACCAUUCUAGUACCCAUAUAUAACAUUCUUAGAAAAUAUGCAUGCUUUUCCAAAACCACUCUAAUAAAGAUGACUUGCCCACAAAAAUGUAUAAGGUUUAAAACGCAAUUUUAAUUAAUGGGGUGCAAAUUUGGAAGGUACGUGUUUCAUGAACUAUCAAAAUACCAGAUAAUUUGAUGUAUAUUACACUUGAUUACAGCCCCGUUUAAACUACGCUCAAGUUAUGGUACGGCACGGAUAAAACUGGUAUACUAUACCAAACCUAUCUGUGUUCAGCCUUGGUAAAUAGGUAGUCCGAGCAGGGAUAAAAAUUGUACAGGAACCAAAAUUGCACGUAGUGUAAACGGGACUUGUGUAAACGUAAACCUCUAAAACUUGGAUUCUUUGCCAUAGUAACCUUUCACAAUUCACACGCAUGACUGAUUUUAUGCGUGAUUAUUUUUUUACAAAAAGUAUGCGCGUUGGACAUCAAACUGUCUAGUGCUUUGAUAGUUCAUAAAACACCUUGUAAAUUUGCACCUAAUGAAUUCAAAUUGCGUUUCAAAUUUACCAUUUCUGUUGCCAAGCCAUUUUUUUGAGUGCCUGCUGCACUCGAAAUUUACUUUUCAGAAUAAUUUCAUGAUAGAGAUACUAGAAAACCCCAAACUACCUGACAUAAAGUUGCCACAAACUUUGCGGAAUUUUCUGUUUAGUGUACAUUUUAGAACUGGGUAGUUUUUUUUAUACACCUAUGUAUAUAAACAUAUUAUGGGUAUACCAAUUUGCAUAAAUAGACAAAAGAACUUGAAAUAAUAAUUCCCAUUGUUCAAUUAUAUGUUCAUAUUUUUAAUUCACGUUUGAUUGAUAUUUUUGCACAAUCCAGUUCAUGUGACGACGAAGAAAGACAAGAAAUGGAACGAAGCGGAGCAAGUUAAAAAUUCUAUUGAUGAAUUCUGGUUUAAUGAAGAAGAAGAAAAAGCCGGUAGGAAUAAGAUAUGAGAAAUACCUCGAAUGCGGGAAUCCAAUAUAGGCUGCGCGUUGAACAGAAUUCAAGAAGUUAAUUCAACAAUGCAACUACCUGAAAAUGUAUAUAAGUAGCAAAACGUCCAGAGGUAGAGAUAUAUUCUUCAACCAAAUUCUGGGAUGUCUGUAAUGCGCGAAGAAUGUACAGAUUAAAUAUAGAAUGCAUGUUGUCUUAUUCAAUAUGAAUCGGGAUCAUACAAUUUUUCAUUUGGCAGAUGUUUGUGCAUCGACGUACUCGCCUUCCGUCAUUUUAAGUUCCAGCUUUAACUUUUUCCACUAUAGUUACCAUUGAAUACAGCGACCAAAAACAUUUACAUAUCCUUAUAUCAAAUAAAUAUGUUUUAAAAUAUGUUUAAAAUAAACUUAUCAUCACCAUGUCUUUUGUAGAAAACCUGACGUGUAACAAACCACUUGACCUGGUCAUCGCCCUGGACAGCUCAGAAAGCAUUCGUGAAGCAAACUGGACGAAACUUAUUCGUUUCACGAAAGCUGUUGUGAAGACAUUGGACCCAACUUUAACAAGAGUGUCUGUCAUUCGUUACAACACGAAUGCCGAAGUCCCUAUACCCUUGGGUAAGUGUCAGUUACGAUUUAAGUUCCUUAAUGUUGGCUUGCAUGCAGGACCGUGCCAACCGGUUUCUGGUUGGGGAAGGGGGUGUAUUCCAAAAUUUGGGCCCCCUUCCAUUCCAAGCCCCCCCCCAAAAAAAAAUUUUCCGGAAAGCAAAAAUUUUUCCGGAAAGUUCCCAAAGUUCUCAAAAUUUUUCGCAAAACAACAUUUUUCCAGAAAUUUUCAAAAUUUUCAGCGAACAAAUCCUUCAUUUUUUAAAAAUUUUGCAAUUCCAGCAUGUCAGGGCCCCCUCCCCGCAAGUUGGGCCCCCCUUUUUAACUUUUCUUGGGGUGUUACAACCCCCCAAUGCAACACCCCCCAGGUGGCACGGCCCUGCUUGCAUGCAUGGAUUUGUAUAAUUGAUUUACCUUUAAUUAAGGCUAAUUUCCACUCCGGAUAAUAAGCAGCGGAUCGGACCGGAUUGGAGGUUUUUCCAAUCCAGUCCAAUCCAACAAGCGAUUUCCAGUAAAAGGACAAGUGGAAUGAUCGGAUCGGAAAAGGAAAAAAUGGAGCUCGUUCUAGUCUCACAAAUUACUAUGUCGCGCUUAUUUCAAAACAUCUGAUUUGGUUACGUCGUCGCCAGUAAAGGAGAAGCGAACAAGAAAAAUACAAAAAGAGCAUUUGGAUAAGAAAAAUUUUCCAGGAAAGACAAUGGAAAAGUAAAUACCACUUAUUGCUAGAAGAGUUAAAGCUACUAUAUGAAUAUUUUUAAAGCAAUUUCGUAUGUUGCCAAGCAAACUAAUUUAAAGAGCUGUUGUACUCUUCAAUUCUUGUAAAUUCUUCCUCGAAUUCUCCAAGAAAGCUAGCUCCUAAAUUAUCCGCCAUUUUGUAAAUUUUAUACAGGUAUUAUUUGAUUAUUUUAUGUGAGAUAAUAGGGCAUUUUGAUUGGUCGCCAGGUUUAAUCCGUGGACCGGACCAAAAUAAGUUGAAAAUAUUGCAAUUCUUUAUUAUCCGGCCAGCAACCUCGCCGGAUCAAUCGGAACCAAAAAUUUCUACUGAUGGCGCAUGCGCGGAUUUUGUUUUGUCCGAUCCAGUCCGAUAUGCUGCUUAUUUUCCUGAGUGGAAAUUAGCCUUAAUAAAAAACGUUGAUGAACAUCCAAGCUUACUGACUGAAUCGAACUGCAUAACUGUUUGCAAAAUAAAUGAACGUAGUGUUUUCACUCUGAAAAGCAAAUCAACUGUCCGAUGGUAUAUAUUUAGUAAACUACAAAUUGGUUUCCACAACUAAUUCGAGGCCCAUUAAUUAGUUGGAUAUCUGCAUGCCUAGUUUAUAUAAUUUACUUUGUCUCAGUAAAUUUUCUACGGUAAUCGUUUCUCCAACUAAAGUAUACUAGUUAUAUAACAGCGUACGUACAUUUGAAUAAUAUGCUGCUUGAAUAGGUUGAAAUACUCAAACUCGAGUUUUGUUUUACAAUCAGGAUUUUUCCAAAGCGCGGAUGCCUUUGGUACAACAUUAGACAACGUGUUCUACGAACCAGGUGGAACCAGGACCGACGUUGCUUUAAGUAAAGCUUUGGCUGUGUUCGCUUCUGGUGGUCAAAGGCGAGCGAGUAGGGUUCUUCUUGUCGUCACAGAUAAUCCAACAAACGACAUUAGAUUAUCCAAAGAGAGCUUGGUAAUCGGGCGAGAUUUGGUGGAAAAACCUUCCGAAAGUUUAAAAAGUUAUGAAGUGAUAACAUUUGGUGUAGGCAUACAAUAUGGGCUUACAGCAACUGAGCUGACAGAUCUUAAUGAGGAAAUAAAAAUGUUCACACUUGAUCAUGCUGGUGACAAACGAGUUGUUGAAGUUCAAGAUUUCGACGGACUCCUCAAGGAAGCAAACAACGUAGCUGGGAAGAUCUGUUUAGGUAUAGACAAUGGUUCAUUUUCAAUUUUCGACGUUUUUAAUUUUAUUCGAGCAUAUAUUUAAUAGGACCUUGAAGGGGGUAGGGGGUCAAUCCUAUCUGCCCAGCCAAAAUUUGUCUUAAUCACACUCACAUGCAGUCACCCGACAAAUUGUUGGAAGGUGACUGUGAUUAAGACAAAUUUCAUUGUUGGCAAGUGCAACCAUGGAGAGUAUCCAUUAUAAGAGGUUACAGCUGUGGUAAUCCCAGUAUAUUCAAGACAACAUCAAUUGAUCUUUUUAGUAAAUGGAGGUUGGAGUAGUUGGUCACCUUGGUCGCAAUGUACAGCGUCUUGCGGAGGGGGUACAAAGGUUCGACUCCGACGUUGCGACAAUCCCAAACCUGUAAACAAUGGAACUAAUUGUACAGAAUUGAGUGGCUCCACUGUGGAAACUGCUGCUUGUAACAUAUACCCAUGCACUGAUGGUGAGUGGUACAUAGUAUGCAAACUUUGUUGCAAACCUUAAGAUUGAUGUUUAAUUACAAUGUUUGCUUCGAACCUUAGUUAAUAUACUUUGUGGAGAUCAAGAUUGAGCCGUCAUCUUGUUUUUGACACCUAUGCUUUAUAGUUGCGCUCAAGAACGUUUUGCAUUUUCCGUGUUUAAAAUUUGUGCAACGUGAAGCUAUAGAAACGUGAAGCUAAGGUUUAAAAAUUAUUUUUCAUUAUUAUCAGGUCUAGAAGUAACUUCAUUGCGGCCACUACCAUUUCACCCUGCAAAAGGAGCAGCACAGAACAUUUUAUUUUCCAAAGGUUGGUAUAUAUUAUAAUUAUGGGUAUUUGGUACUUUUACUGUUUAGAUUUUGUGAAUUUCUGUUAUAAAGUUUAUAAAAGUCGUUUUGAUCAUGACCGUCUUUUUGGAUCAAUUUUGAUCGAUGUUUAGGAGAUAUUUGAUAUACCACUACACCUCCCCCAAGGGCUCUGGAAGCAACGUGAAUUGGCGAGGGUAGCCAUUUGAAAAGGGAACUAACUAAAUUCAGGCCAAAAGCCGUUCAGGCCAAGUACAGCCCCUUUUGGGUACAUAAAACGUAGUAUUCGCAGUACAAAAUGAAAUAAUUACACUGUCACUGUUCACAUCUAAUCAAAAUCAUGCAGUAUAAAUUUUGUCAAAGUGCAAAUCAGCUAAAAUUUACAACACAUUGUACCUAUACUUUAUCAUUUAUUCAACCUAACUAUGGAUUCUUGAAAAACAUGGAAUAUUUUCAUGCAGAUUGUCCGAAUGGUUUUGAUUAUGUUAUUGUUGGUAAUGAUCAAAUGAGUGCGUCAUCGGUCUACACCAAGGACACAGGUGACCCAACUAUUUUGAAGCUUCAUGGACCUGGAAAUGGAAGACUAUACAAUGUUAUAAACGCAGGUAAUUGAAGUGAAUCAUAAGUGCCGUCUCUCUUUUCUAUGACAUUUCCUUGCAUAGUCUGUUUGUUUUUGAUAAAAUAGUAUCAUUACACGAAUUUUUUUGUGUGUGUUGGUGUUAUGUAAUAUCACAAACAUCAUUAGACAUUACACGAUUUAUUAUCCGUAUUCAUAUCAAACUUUGUCAUAAAUUAGAAUAAACGCUUUCGAUAAUUACGUCAGAAUUUUUUUUGCCUAUAGGAGCCUCGCUCUCAUGAAUUGUGAGUCAAUCACCUUUACAUCUUUAUUAACGAGAGUGAGGCUCCUAGGUGACGUAAUUAUUGAAAGGAUAUAUUGAAAUACACACAUUCAUCAAUCCCUUGCCUUUCUGACGGAAAACUAUAUUUCUCAAACAUGUCGCAACAUGAAGUAGCGCUGGCUCACCUCAAGUGGUAGUAGUCAUGGUAAACGAUUCGCGAUAAAAAAUUUUAAAAAUUGGAAGAAAAAAAUUUUUAAAAUGGUACUUUUAAUGAUAAAACUGUCAAUUUACGAAAUACACUGUAAGCAUGUUAUCAUACGCCAUUAACUUCGAUUUAAUUCUUUGAGCAAACUUAGAUACGUCUUAAAGUUUGUAAUGUUAUCAGCCAAAUCAUAGAGUUCGCGUCGGGAAAUAUUAGCGAGCUUAAGAUCUACAACGCGAACUUACGACGCGGACGUGCUUAGCUAAGCCUAGUUUUCGAGUGUAAGCCUAGUCAGAGUUGUCACAGUUUAUUUCUGCGAGAUUUGUGACACUGUUAUGACACGUUAACAGAGGGUCCUGAAGGGGGGGUCCCAAUCCCAUUUCCCACCUGAAAUUUUGGCAAAAUCACAGUCCCAGUUGGAUUUUUAUUAGAAAUCCCAGUACGAGUUAUUGAAAUCCCAGUCAAUAAAAAAACUUUAUUUAUCGGUACAAUAAACAGUUUUAAGACUUUUAAGCCACCGUGUGUGCAAGUGGCGAACACUUUAUGAAAUAUUGGGAGAGGUUCGUGCCGAAGGCACGGGAAAUUUUUAAAUUUGAAUCCCGGAAAUGGCAUUUGCAGCAUUCUGAGACACGCAUAAUCAGAAAACCCAGAAUUUCUGGCGCCAGAGUAUGCCUGUUCUCAGGUAGUGCUGUGAAUAAUAUAGUUAACAACAAAAAUCAUGACCAAAGACACCAAAAACGGAUCAAAAUUGUAUUUUAAAAUACUUAAAACGUAGAAAAAUUGGGAAUUGACUCGCAUUACCUCAAUCCCAUUCCCAUUUUUGAGGACUUCAUUUCCCAUUCCCAGUGGCCAAAUCCCAGUCCCAGCAACCCAAAUCCCAUUUUCCCAGUCUAAAAAUCAGAUCAAUCCCAGUUCCCAUUUUACCCCUUCAGGGCCCUCUUAACAGCCAUACGAAAUGAUAGAAACCAGGCUUUAUAGACUAUUGUUACGAAUGCACAUUUUCCCGUUUUGCAAAGAUUCGUCGUCAUAGAAGUCGUAAAAGCUUAUGAUAAAAAAUAUCUUCUUAAUAUAUUGCUAGCCUCUGUUAUGUUGUACAUUUUUUCCAGUAUAAUUUCAUUUUAUUUACUGUGAUAAAAAUAUUUUAAUGGUAUUUGCCAUCGUUUUAAAAUAAAACUUGUUUAAUGCGACUCCGCGCCGUAAAUUCGCGUUGUAGAUCUUAAGCUCGCUAUUGUUUGCGAAGUGUUUGCGAAGAAAAUACAAGCGAGCAUGCAAAUGUUAACGCAUGAGAGCACCAAACCAUUUCUAUUUCUCUCGCGUAUCAAUUGAAAAUACAAUCCAUAAUCAAUGUCAGCAAUUUACAAUUUCUCAGCAGCCAUGCCCAUGUGCUUAUACAAAACACAGUAUAUAUGAUCAAAAUAAUUUCAAUGCAGGUGCAUGGUGUGCUGAACAUACAGAAUCUGUAACGAACAACCAGGAACAAUAUAUUCAGAUUGAUUUAAAACUUCCGAUAAAGAUUGCUAAAGUUGGUACCCAAGGCCAGGCAUCUCUGAUCUCUAAUAAUUGGGUGACAUUCUUUAAGUUUAACUACAGCGAAGACGGUAGAACGUGGAAACAGUACAACCAGGUAAGUGUAAUGCAUGGAAAGUAAACAGUGGGGGGCUCAUUUCAUUUGUAUAGCAAAACAUAUACAUGUACAAAAAAUUAAGGAGUCCUGUGGCAACAGCGCAACAACAUUUUUACAACUUAACAGUUCUCCUCUUCCAUAUACUAUCUAGACAAACUAUCUAACAUACAUACUAUCUUAAUAUACAAACUAUCUUAACAUAGUACAUACUAUUAUUAUACAGUAAUGACAAAGAAAGACAGAUAUAUACUUGUUAUACUUGUGACUGUUCAAGUGUGACAUAAGUCGAACUCUAGAAUCUUAAUCUAGAUAUAACCUUAAAGGUAUAUGAUAUUAAAAAUUACGAUUCUCUCAUUUGAUUGAACUUUUAAAACUGUAUAUCCUUUACCAAUUUUUCGUAUCCUGCUUAGUUUUUGAAAUAUUUUGACUGAAAAUAAUUGCCUGUCCGCCAUCUUGGAUAGUUUCUGAUCCCGUCAUCGGUGGUUUUGGUAACGUCAAAAGCAGGGUUACCAGCAUAGAUAUCUUAUAGACACUAGAUAGCGCAUCUCUCUUAGUAAAAUUGAAGCCAAGAAUAUUCCAGCGGUUACCCCUAUUUGAAUAGAUGACGGCCAUGUUGGUCGUUCCCACUCGCUAAUAAACACUUAAAAACAACAAUAACUUUCAACAUUUGAAUACUUUAAAAAUGUAUUUGGAAUAGGGUUAACUUAAUAUUUAAGUUCCCUGCUUAAGAAAUAGGAAAUAUACGAAUCUUCUCAUUUCAUGGGAACGACCUGAGACUGCAAUCACGGCUUCAAUUUUUGAAUUGCAGAAUAAUUAGAUGAACUAUCUAGUGUAUAUCAGAUAUCUAUGGUUACCAGGUUACCAACUGACAAUUGGUAGAUGCAUGCUUCAGUGAAUUUUUUAUUUGAAAUAGUCAGGAUCGAAAUGUAAUUUUGGGCUUAUAGUGUAAAUGGUAAAUUAUUGCUAAAUUUUUGAGACUUUAAACUGAUUACCAUAUCCCUUGCAUCAUUAUAUAGGCUAAAUGGGCUGAAAAUGUCAGCAGUUUAUGUAGUUUUACGUCUUGCUUUGUCGUUAGAAAGCUUCAUAUACACUUCGAUACCGAUGUGAAUACGUCCUUUACUAAGAAGAUUUAAAAAUAUUUGGACUGCAUGCAAAGAUCAAUAUAUAUAUAGACGGAGUUGUUUCACACACGUUGGGCAAUUCCAGAGCUUAAAGUUCUUUUCCUGAAAUUCUGACAAUUAUCCUUUCAUUGCAUUAGUGGCAUACAUUUGUCAUUUGUUUUCAUGCACAUUAUACUUUAGUCACAUUAUUGAUGCCGACUACGAUAUGAAACGAAGGAUGAUGACUUUGUAUCUCACUAGAAAGCAUGCAUGGAGCCUGAAAAUUUUAAUAAAAAAUAUUUUGUCGAUGAUACACAUGUAUAGGAACUGCGUGUCAGGAAAACGUUCUUUUAAGAAGUACCUACAUGUAUGCAUAUGUCCACCGCAAAGUUUAGAUCGUUUACCUUUUUAUAGACUCUUAAAGGGAAUGAAGAUCGAGAAGGUGUUAGUGAGAGUGUGAUCAGUCCGCCUGUGAAAGCGCGAUACGUAAGAUUCAAUCCAGUGCAUUGGAAUGCUCGUGGUGGUUUGCCUAAACAUGAUAUAUGUAUGCGUGUUGGUGUUUUCACAUGUACAGGUGAGAAAUUGCCCAAGGAAUUGAAGUUAGUGUCACCAAUUUUUAUUUACAUUCCUUGAGUUUGAUUUUUUUGUAUUCAUUGCGAAGAAUUUUAUAUGUCAUGCGACAUGAAAGAGGUUUAUUUCACCCAUUCAUGACCUUAUACUUAUCUUAAAUACACCAUUCUUGUAAUGGAAAUUUUUUCCAGUCGUUGUCCUCCUUAAUGGGGCGAAAAACAUGGCUCCGCCUCGAGCUAGCCUUUUGGAUUAUAAACGUAUUGUCUUGUUAUUGUUUUGAAAAUGUAAACUCCCGCUGUUUUCCACACCAUCUACGGUAGUCGCUCAUUGUCUUGACAUAUAUUUGUGACGUCAUUUUCCCCAAUAUUUUAGCAGUCAGUGUUGAAAUAUAAUACGAUACUGUACGGUAAUGAUUAGUAUUCUGGCUUGAUCACCUACCAUUAUAUAGAUCAUCCGAUGUGGUUUUACUAUAUCAGAAUCUUUAGUUUCAAGUUUAAUCCUUAUUCAAGAAACAUUAAUUGAAGAAUUGCUACAACCAAAAAUUCUGGAACUUCCCCUUUGAGAGCCCUCCUAUUAUAGCGUUUCAGAACUGCACUACUGAGAUUUCAAUACCAACAUCCUUUUUUACGCAUGAUUAUAGAAAUAAAGUUAACGAAGCAAAACCACAAAACGUUUAAAAGAACUCUGAUAAGAACACGCAAGGUAUGUUCGUCGAGUGAACUUAGUUAUAUGAGGUUAUUUCUGCUCAGACAUGCAGUUACCCUGGUUGCCAGAGGUUCUCAAAAGAUACGAGAACCUAUGACAACCAGGGUAACAUACAGUCAUUCUUUGACUAAUUUUGAAACGCAUGUUCAUGUAAAAUAAGCAAUGAGUUAAGUUAUUAUGUUAGCCGAGAAAUAAAGAUGUCAUGAAUUUGCUGUUUUGCAACAAAAAAUGGAUACAAACUAUUAGAACCAGAAAUAAUGGUGUACUGUAAGGCGCGCGAAUUUAUAUGAUUUACCUAUUAGAUGACACGCAAACUUUGUCUAUUUAAUUUCAUAAAUUAACAUUUUCCUGAUUAUUUUGGACAUUUUAAUUUGGAAUAUUGGUAUCUUAUGUAAGUAAUUGUACAGUGGACAAACCGAGUUUGUUAUCUUUUGAUGAGUCAAAUAUGCAGUAGCUAUAUAUAGAUUAGAACUAUAUGAUUAACUUAUACAAAUAAUACUAUAACUGAAAUAUAGUGUGAGGUAUUUUUGGAACAUCUUAUUAGUUAUGUAUGAUAAAUAAACACUCCCACUCGUUCAUUUAUUGUGUUUAAAUUGCGGCUUGACUUCAGUGAUACUUCCUUUUUAGAAUCGUUCGACCUAACAUGAUCGGGAUUCGGGAAUGAAAUUGGAUGUCCAAGUUGGACUUGUAUUAUGCAUCAUGCAGUGAAAUGUUUUGGGCGCUCGCCUUGGAACACUUCAACACUACAUCAUUCAGUGAUCGAUAUGUGAAACAUGGUUUAUUAGACUUGAUAUUUUAGCGUCACAGAACAUGUCAGACUAAUAGUGUGACCCAAAUAAUCGAACACUGAAUAUAAUUAAGUCAUAUAAGUGUUCAAUUAAAAAAUAAUUUGAAUGUGAU